UUACUUGUGUGGCUACUGCAGCAGGGCCUUCCCGAGAUUAUCGUUCCUCAAAAGACACGAACAGCGAAUGCAUGACCCGAAAAUCUCUGCAUUCACAUCCCUCUCCUGUGUGCUCAACAAUUAUUCCGAAUUCUGAACUAAUCAGGCGGGUAAUUUAGUGAUGGCUGUCGCUCAUAGCAAGUCACUUUUUCUCCGUGAAGAGACUUGCGAUUUUGUUAGCACUGAGCUCUUCAAUUUUUCUCGAGUUCGGCACUCGUCUUACGAUGACGAUGACACGCUGACGUGUCCCAGCGACGAUGGAAGGAAUGACCACGUCGCAGAGUAUGAAGGAAACUCAGCGCACAGCAACAUUACCCGACUGAAAUUUUUCGAAAAUUUAUUUUUCGAUGAGCCAUUCAAUGCUCAUUUAGUAUGCAUUGGAGCAAAUCGGUGCAGAUGUUUGCUUUUUGCUGAAACUGAAUCUUUCAUCAAGGAAGAAUUGGAAAAAAUAACUCGAAUGAAUGAAUCAUAUUGUUCAGAGCCGCUCUCAGCAUUCAACGAGUCCUAUACCGCGUGUUCCUACGUUGGUUACAAAACAUUACAUGAAAAUGCCGUUCAUAUUGCGUCCGGUGCGACUGAGCGAGCCGAAACCUCUGCACCGCAAUGCGCCGAGGAGUUUAGUCGUAAUUCGUCAACGUCAAGCGAUGGCAAUCGAAUCGAUGUCGACAACUUGGAAGUUCCGAAAUCCAGUCCUGCAACGAAUUACUUAUCUCGCGAUCGAAAUCAUUUUGCUCCAGCGAAAAAUUUCGCCGAGUCAGUCAGGUGUUUGGAUUUAAAUGGUAAUUUCAGGAACUGUCUCUUACCAUGUUCUCCAAUGUCAACCUUGUCGAUUGGUAAACCGGAAAGUGAUGGUAUCCUAUCAGGUUUUGCAUCCUAUGAUGAGGCGUCAUCUGCAGCUAACAAUUUGACUUUGUUUUUACCUGAUGAUUCUACCAUUCUGCAUAUUAAUGAUUCACCGGUAUCUAGCGAAGAGGUUUGCGACGCUAAAUUUGCUGAUACAAUAAAAAACACUACCGUGCGUUCCAAGACAGUUACCACUGUCGGCGCAUCGUUUUCCCAAGCUAAUGAGCCGGUAAAGUUGAGAUUUCCUCACAUUAAACGGCCAUUCUCCACCAAAAGCAAAAAUCAGGCCUUCAGUCGGCGACCAAACUUGUUAAAGUCUCGAGAAAGAAGUCGUCAGAAGACAGCCGCACUCACAGGGAAGCAGGAAAAAGCCACAUGCAAAAAUAAUAUUAGUUUUGGCUGUCCAGUAAUCGAACAUAAGGAAACAAUAAGCUAUAAUUUAGCUAGUUUGAAUCUGCCUCAAAAGGAUGACUCCGAUAGCAUUUCAGACCUCUAUGACCAGCCUGGAUGCUCGUCGGUUGCCGAGAUCUUUGCGGAGCACCCAAUCCAGAAUAGCGUUCAAACAGAAGAGGAGAAUGAUCAAAAUACAUUCAAAGGUAGCUGUUGUCUGAAUCCUUUUGUUUCCCGUUGUUUGAGCCCUAAAGAAGUUAUUGAAGUUGGUUCUGACUUGGAUGAGCAUAAUUUCGCUCACGAGAAGUGUGGAUUAUUUGUUACGAAAACUGUGAAGGAGGAUCUAGGCGUAGAUUUAUGUAAUGAUUCCACUCCUACAACAGCCAACGUCAGCGCAAUGACCAGCAGACAUCAUGUGUCUCAUGUAAGUGAUUACGAGUCUGACGACGUGCAAGAAAUUAGUCACCGAGGAAUGUUUUCAUUUAUUUUCGCAAACGAUGAUCAGAGUCUCACAGCAGAAACUUCACAAACUGUUGUACCUCCUGUGACUUCUUCUCCGCUAGCACCAUUACCAUCCCGUCCUGCUUCUGCUCUUCCUUUUUCCCUCAAUACGCUCGAGUACAUUCGUUCUUGGGAGCCCUCAAUGGAUUGUUUACCUGCAAUCCAAUGUUACGUUCCCCAAACGGCUAGUUCAUCCAUGUUUACUUCUAAUUUAGAUUAUGUUGAUUGUCUGGACAAUCUGCCUAACUGCUGCUCUCCGAGGUCUAGCAGUGAUAGCUCUGAACGCACACCUGAAGCUGGUUUUAAUAAUAAUAAUCGCGCGCCGUAUCAUUUGGCAGAAAGUUCUAUGCCUAACUUUAUUUAUCCAAGGCAUGAAUUGACGCCCACAAAAUUAGAGUCUAGAAGAGAGGAAACGAAGAACCGACUUGCGCCGAGAGAAUUAUUAAUGACAGAAACAAACUGUCGGCGAAAAUUUGAUGUACAAUACAAGAGAAAACAGAGCAAUCAUAAAAGAAGUUCGAAAGAACGCAGUGAUCGACUCCCUAAGCUUACCCUAGUACGAAAGUCUGGGAUUGAUGAUGGAUGGACGCAUAUCAGAAAGCCUCAUCACGCGCCUUGCGAUGAGCCUCAGACGUUUCACAAGCAACUAAAGUCCAAGAAGGGGCACGCUGAUCAGCUGCCAUUCAGAUGCUGCUACUGCGGGCGUCAUUUUAAACACAAGCGAUCUCGAGAUCGCCACCUCAAGCUGCACACCGGAGACAAGAAGUACAAGUGCGGCCUGUGUGACGCCGCUUUUUCACGGAGCGACCACCUGAAGAUUCACCUGAAGACGCACGACAGCCAGAAGCCUCACCAGUGCGGGGUGUGCUGCAGGGGCUACAGCACCGCCGCCGCCCUCACCGCACACAUGCAGUCGCACAAGGUGGCAGCACUCUCGCCCCUACGACCAGAGUCGCGCACUUCGCCCUCGCACUCCCGGCACUCCCAGUCGUCGCUCGAGGCUCUCAGCGUCCGAGACUCGCGUUCGUUCGCCACGCUCCUGCGAGACUCGCCCGGUGUGAGCGAGGCUCUCGCGAGCCGCCUCAUGCGAGACGGCGUCUCGAAUGAGCACAGGCUUGAGGCUCUAGCUUCAGAGCUUAAAAAGGAGGCCACAGACCCCGGGGACGAGGGUGGCCAGCACUCGGGGGAAGAGCGCGACGUGCCCUCGCGUCCUGCCUCGCUGUCGCCGCCCCUCAGAUGUCCUCUCUGCGCCACGGCCGUGCGCUCUUCAGCUCACCUCCAGCAGCACAUGUGUCGGUACCACGCUGAGGUCUCGUCGGCGUCGGGGGAGCGGCCGUCGCCAGUGAACAACCGCCCCGCUUCCGCCGGCACGUCGUCCGGCUCUGGUGGUGGCGGGUUGCCGUCUGCCACAUCAACUCCGUCACCACGCCCCCCCGGCGUGCUCUCGCCUCGCAGUCUCGGCUCGCGAGUGUUGGAUGUGGGCGCUCACUCAUCCUCACUGCUCACCAACCCCAGCGUGAUGAGCGCCCUCAGCUGCAUGGCAGGAGGCCCUUUGUCCCUGGGGGCGUCGGCGCUGGCGCACCACCACCUGCUGGCCUUCAUGGGCGCCAACAAGCUCGCCUGCUGCUACUGCGCCCAGGACGGCUUCAGCAGCGUGCACGCGCUUGAGCUCCACAUUCACUCCAUGCACGGCUUUGGCAUAAACGGAGAUCUGCAAGAGCUGAGCGGCGGCAGCGUGGCGCGGCCGCUGAGCUGCGAGCUGUGCGGGGCGCGGGUGCCUGACGUGUCGGCGCUACAGCGACAUGUCGUCACCUCGCACAGCUUCACGGACCUGCUCGCUCGCACAGCCGAGGGCGUCUUCUGCGCUCAAUGUCUCCUGCCCUUUAGUAACCCAGGGGCCCUGACCGAACACAUCAAGCUCGUCCACACCAACGCCUCACCUGCCGCUGCACUUCUCGUCGCAAACGGCAAGCUCGGCAAAAGACCGCAGUCUCCAGUGGAUUUACCCACGGAUCUUAGCAAGAAAUCUAAAAUUGAAACGAGCUCAGUGAUGGAUUCGUCUUCGACGACCUUGUUGUGUAAUCAGUGCAAUGCUCCGUUUAAUGAUUUCGAGUCAUUCAGGAACCAUUUGAAGACGCAUUUGGAUGGCUAUUUGUCUCCUACAACCGUCUGUCCGGAGUGCAAGCUCGUCCUGCCGUCUGAUGUAGGCUUGGAGAAUCACCUUGCCUCUCACCUCUUAUCCGUGUCGACUGAGUACGGUUGUCAGGCCUGCUUUAAGCUCUUCAGUAAACCCGAUGAACUUCAGAAGCACCUCAUGGAUAUUCACGCUCAUUUAUUUUACAGAUGCUCCCUCUGCAAAGAUGUUUUCGACUCUAAAGUGGCGAUUCAGGUUCACUUUGCAGUGAAACAUAGCAAUGAAUGCAAAGUGAAGAAGUGCACCAAAUGUUCUGUGGCGUUUCACUCGCGCAGUGAGUUCGAGCAACACGUGCGCACUGUGCACAUGCACGGCGAGGGCAGCAAGAGCGGUGCGGGGUACCGAUGUUUGCUGUGCCAUCUCACCCUCGCCUCCGAGGCCGAAUUCACAACGCAUUUGUCCACGCAUCAGAAGCAGUUCCAGUGCACGCUCUGCGACGAAGCCUUCCAUGUCGAGUUCCUGCUCGACAAGCACAUGCAAGCCCAGCAUAACUCCGAGAUUAACGGGAAUUUGGCACGCUCCCAGAGAUACAACGCGAGUCCGAGUGAAGAAGAUUUGAGGUGCGAAUUAUGCAACAUUAACUUCCCUGACGAAUCUUCGAUCAUCAGUCAUUACCAAAAGAUUCACGGUAGUAAGUCCGGUGGAUUGAAGGUGGCUGCAGCAACUGUGAGUCUGUAUUGCGCUUAUUGUAACGAGGCAUGCAAGUCCAGAGCUGAGUUGGAAGCUCAUGUGAAGCUCCACCAGAGCAGCGGUGGCCGGCACAAGUGCAACAUUUGUGACGAGUUGUGUCCCUCUGCCGCGACACUGGCUCAGCACAAACUGAGCCACAUCAAGGCUCUCUCCGGCUCCAUUGUGUGCUCAGUGUGCGGCUCCUCGCUCGUUAACUCACAGGAGGUGCUUGCACACCAAACUGAACAUUGCCCAGGACCGCUACCUCAGCCAUGCGUUGUUUGCAAGCAGACGAUGCUCACUAACGUCGAGCUUAAAGCUCACUCUAACUUCCACGGUUCAUUCGGCCAUAGUAUGAUGAACUACGAAGAAAUGUUUAAGGCUCAUAGUAAUUCUAAAGAAAUGUUAAACAAUAAUAUUGACUCUCUUGAUAUAAAAAAAAAUUCGUUGAAGUGUCCCUUGUGUCAGAUAAAACUCGAAACCCUGGAAGAGGUUGAAAAUCACUCGUGCUCUUCAAAGACAUCUUCGCUCUUCAGCGAACCUUUGAACACGCUCCAGAAUAAGAUUUCUCUAGAGGUUCCUAAGACGUAUCAGUGCAUUAAAUGUCAAGAAAGUUUCCCUACAGAAGGUGAAGUGGAAGCGCACGUUGCCUUGCACCUUCAGACUGAAGGUUCGAAUCAUGAGUGCCACAUUUGUAGAGCUACGUUCAAGUCCCCACUGAGGCUACAAUGUCACUUAAUCGAACACACUUUCGAGGGCUGCAGCAGCUACACUUGUUACCUUUGCUCGACCGUCUUCACCGUGGCAAGCAGACUACAGCAGCACAUGCUCAGUCACGGCCUUAACUCGAAACCUUACGAUUGUCAUCACUGUCAUCAGAGAUUCUUUUUCAAAGCGGAACUUGAAAAUCAUGUAUUAUCCCAUGCUGAAGUUGCUGCCGGCAAAUGUUCAGAGUGUCAAGCAAUGGUUAGGCAAGGUCCUUCAUCGAAUAUGGAGGAAUCGAAACGAGAGAAACCGAACGAUGUAAGAUGCAAGGGAUCUAACGCAAAUCGAAAUGAACCGGGCGAACGACAAUUCACCAGCACUCUGAAAGAUGGGAGCGAUCAGUGUAAUCGUGUUAACGCUUCGCCUGAAUCCUCACAAAGCGAGAAACAAUCAAAGAGUAAAUUAUGUGACAAAGGCCGCGCCCAGUGCAAUGACGUACCAUUGGCUGCUGCACAUGACGCGGGCGAUGACAGUGAAGUGAGGUGUCAGACUUGUGGCCGGUGCUGUCGCAGCACAGAGAGUAGAGCUCUCCACGAGCUCACGCAUGAGGGCGCGCGCCCGUACCUGUGUGGCGACUGUGGUUCGGCGUUCACCAGGAAAUGCGAUGUGAAGAAGCAUUCUCUGAAGGUCCACCAACCUUAUAAAGAACAAAAUUGUAAGAAAAAUCAGCGUGAGAAUGAAGAAGAAACAGGAACUCUUCGUAGUAAAGAUGAAUUGGAACAAACUCAAGCGGAGGCGAGUACGAAUGUCACAUCGAACAUUUCUUCACCAUCUGAAGAAACGAGCUCGUGGACUUGCCAGUGCUGCAGUCGGGAAUUCUCAAAACAGGACGAGCUGGCGGCGCACGUGCACAGCAGCCACGGCGGUGAGGACACGGUCAUCGUGCGCAGUUCGUCGCGCUGCUCCUCGUGCAGCGACGACAUCAGCUCCGAGUCGCUGAGACCCUCUGCUACGUAGGGCGGCUAAACUCUGGUCGUUAGGGGGGCCUAUUAUUCUAUGGUGGAAUACAAUCGAUGUUCUACCAACAUCAGUGCAAUGUUGCCAUGAAGACUUUGCGUUUUGUUUUCGUUAAUUGUUUACAUUUAUUUAAUUGGUAUGAGAUGUUAUUUAAAGGAAUAAAUAUUUUUCGUUAUUAAAGUUACCAAUGAAGUGUUGAUGUUUUUCGACGAUAAAAUCGUGUUUCA